CGAUCAGCGCACGAAGCUGUGUCCGUAUCCGCCAUGUCAGCCUUCCGCAAGCCGAAAGCGAGGGCGAUACGAAAGAAGACCGACGACCCCGAUGAUCCGUUGGAGGGCGAGCAAGAACAGCCCUCUGUUGUGCGGCCGAGCAAGUCCUCCAGCGCCGACCAGAAACAGCCAAAGAAGGCAUCGAAGCUCAGCUUCGACGACGACAUCGGCCAGGAUGAAGAGUCCAACCUCAGCGCCUUCAAGAGUCAAAAAAUAUCCAGCAAAGGUUCCAAGCCGCGCAAGUUCCCUGUCAGCAAAGUCUAUCUGGAUGAGGAGAGCAGCGCCAGUUCAGAGCCAGCUCCGUCGCGGUCCUACUCGGCUCACGAUAUCGCCGAGCUGAAACUAGCGCAAUCCCGUCGCCCGCUCGAUCUGCCUGAGGAUUCCAUGGACAUCGUCAUACCUGGAGAAGCUGGCCUCGAUGAGUCUGCCCUUGCCGACUCGAUUCCGGACGAAGAUGCCAUCAAGGCGGCCAAGCUUGAACGGCAGAAGCGGCGCCACGGCCGAGGUGACCCAGAGGCAGAGCCAAGCGCAGAGGCCGGCGGCAGCCAGAGAGAGGAUGACUAUGUUUCGCUGAAGGUUGCGACUCGACCCAAGCCCGACGUCGGAUCGGCGAAGCAGGAAUCGAGACUGGUGACUGAGGAGCAAUGUGAGAGCGACAACGAGGCCUUUGAGGACCACCAAGGGGCCCAGAUCAUGUUUGGAAAUACAGCCGCCAAAACGUUGCAGGACCGGAAAAGAAGAGAAAUGUCAGAGUCGACGCUAACAACCGAUCAGAUCGAGGACGAAGAGGCUAUGGACUGGGAGAGAGAGCAACUCAAGAAAAGCGGAAUCGACUUGCCCGACGUCUCAACAGCAAAGGCCUGGCCCAGCCACACAGCUCAAAAGCAGCAGAUGCCGUCGGUGCUGCCCAUACCCUCUGUCGACGAUGUCAUCCAGCGUCUGUCUGCAACUCUGACAGCGAUGAAGGAUGGCCAUUCUCAAAACCAAGCCUGGCUUGGCAACUCCAAGACCGAGAUGGAUAAGUCUGUGACAGAGUCCCACAGGAUCGAAGAUGAAAUCAAAGGAGCCUCGGCGCAGUACAACUACUUCCAGGAGUUCAGUAUAUACUCUCAGGACAUGGCUGAUUUGAUCGACGCCAAGCUCCCAGAACUCGAAGCCCUGGAAAAUCGCGCGGUCGAGGCGAUGGGCGACUCCAAGCAAGAUCGUAUCGAUGAGCGUGCGGGCCUGCUCAAAGAUGACCUGGCCGCAUUCACCAUUCAGCCUGUCGAGACCGGGGUCGACGAGUUGGGAAGGGAUAUUAUGCAGAAGAAUGCUACUCUCCAAAACGCUCGACGUGUUGCUCGAGCAGAGAAGCGCAAGCGUCACUGCGCGAGUCGGAAAGCGAGCGGACUCCCCGACGAUCACGAGGGACUGUCCUCUGAUGACGAAUCGACCGAUAUUGAGCGUCCCAAGCUAGAUAUCAUCCAGAGCUCUGCAAAGGACCUUCUUGCCGACGCCCGCGACAGCCUUGGGUCGAUUCCCAAGGUCCUCCAAAAGUUUGCAAAGUGGCGGGAGUUGCAUUCAAAGGCGUAUGAGCAGAGUUACGGCGGGCUCUGCCUGCCAGGCGUCUUGGAGCUGCUGAUACGGUGUGAAAUGGUCGGAUGGAAUCCGCUGCAGCAACCGGCAAGGUCGUUUGAGCAGAUGCCAUGGUUCCAAGCCGUUACGGAGUACGUGCGGCCAGCCGAUGGGUCAACCCAAGAGUCGGACGCGGAGAUCGUCUCAAAACUUGUCGGCAAAGUUGUCGUUCCGCGCCUGCUCUCCCGAGUCAAGCUGUAUAACCCAUUCUCCACAACGGAAACCCGGAUGCUGAUCGAAGUCUUCGAGUCUGUUGCGCGACACAUCCCUCGGGACUCGGCGGCGUUCAAGGGGCUGGUCGGCAAGUUGGUCGAGCACGUCGACGACACCAUCCUGGUGCUUCUACAACAAAGCCCAGACAACUUUCGAAAGGUGCUGCCUCUUCCUGUCGACCAGGCGCCCUAUCGCAACCGCUGGUUCUGGACGGUUUUCAAGCUCUUGCCCAACCUGCUGGCAUGGAAAGACCUUGUGCACACCCCAACGGCACAGCGCUGGUGCUUCGAAAGCAUCUUGGACCAGAUGCUGCUUAGUGUCUUGGACAGCCCCGAGCCACUGCUGGAUGAUCUGGACAAAUAUGCCCGGAUCUGUAGGGCAAUCCCGCAAGAAUGGAAAAGUGACGGCGGCUAUGUGGUGCCCAAGCACCUCCGGAAUCUCGAAAGAAGCAUGGUUGCAUUCGUCAAGUGGUGGCAGGACCGGUCGCUUGGAACUCGGACUCUCUUCCAAGAAAUGUCGGCGCUGCUGGUGGACAUCCAAAGCCUGAACGAGGCGGCACGGGUCUCCAAGAUCGGCAAGCUGGAGCUGAAAUGAUGUCAAUACAGGCACGGCAUGGAUGCUGCUGGCCACGACAUGGGUGUGCCAGAUCGCCCCAGGGGCAGUGUGGCGGUGCGCCGGACGAGAAGCCUCUCGGUUCGCCGAGGAGGCGAUAUGGCGGGGCGUCGUCUCGCCGAGAAGCAA